GCCCCACCAGCAAGAACAUCCAGAGCUGAAAACAGCGCAGGCUGAUGGAUGAAAAGUUUUGGAAGGAUCAUUAUACGCUUCUCAACAAGGAUGAAGAAAAUGAGCUGGAGAUAUUCGGCUACAAAGCCCAAGGUUGCCGGAGGGCCUUGUGCAUUGCUGGAUACAUCUUGUCCUGUGGGGCUCUGCUGCUGCUGUUUUACUGGAAGCCAGAAUGGGAUGUGUGGGCAAACUGCAUCCCCUGCAGCUUGGAAGAAGCAGAUGUUGUACUGCUUAGAACAACAGAUGAGUUUCAGAAAUACACCAGGAAGAAGGUGACCUGGAUUGAUUUGUCCACAUGGCUGCCACCUGAGGGCAGUAAAACAGAUAGUCCUCUUGUAGCUGAUAAAGAUUCUGUCAUAAACAGAGCCAUAAUGAAGCCACAUUUAAAGAUGAGAUGUAUCCAGGUGCAGAAAAUCCGUUAUAUUUGGGACUUUGCUGUAAAAGAGUUCAAGAAAGUUGGAGCAAUAGAGGACAGCAACACAUGUCAGAACAUACAUCACAAGUUUGGAGCUGGCCUGACAAGGGAGGAACAGAAGAUGAGGCAGCUGGUGUGUGGGCCUAAUGCCAUCGAAGUGGAAAUUCGUCCCAUUUGGAAAUUACUUUUCAAAGAGAUUUUAAACCCCUUUUAUGUGUUUCAAACCUUCACCCUCACUCUGUGGCUGUGCCAAGGUUAUAUUGAAUAUUCGGUGGCUAUCAUAAUCCUAUCAAUUAUUUCCAUUGGCUUAACCGUGUACGACCUGAGACAGCAGUCUAUCAAGCUGCAUGACCUUGUCGAGGCACACAACAAAAUUGAGGUUACAGUCUGCAUAAAGAACGAAGGUAGCAAAAAGCUAGAGUCUCGUCACUUAGUCCCAGGAGACAUGUUUCUUUUGGAUGGAAAAAAGCUCUCUCUCCCAUGUGAUGCGGUGCUGAUCGAUGGGAGCUGUGUUGUGAACGAAGGCAUGCUCACAGGUGAAAGUAUUCCAGUUACUAAAACUCCCUUGCCUCUUAUGGAGAGCGCGAUGCCCUGGAAAACACACAGCAUGGAAGACUAUCGGAGACAUGUCCUCUUCUGUGGCACUGAAGUCAUACAGGCGAAGCCAACAGGCAGAGGGCCAGUGAGAGCUGUCGUGCUUCAAACUGGGUUCAACACAGCUAAAGGAGACUUGGUGAGGUCCAUCCUCUACCCCAAGCCUAUGAACUUCAAACUCUACAGAGAUGCCUUCAAGUUCAUUGUAGGGCUCUCUUUGAUUGGCAUUCUUGGGCUUAUCUACACGGUCUGUGUGUUUGUCUACCACAAAAAGCCGGUGACGGAGGUGGUGGCCAUGGCGCUCCUGCUCCUCACCGUCUCCGUGCCGCCCGCUAUCCCCGCUGCCUUGACAACAGGGAUAGUUUAUGCCCAAAGGAGGCUGAAGAAAAAGAAGAUUUUCUGCAUCAGCCCACAGAGGAUCAAUAUCUGUGGGCAGAUCAACCUGGUGUGCUUUGACAAAACUGGCACAUUGACAGAAGAUGGACUGGACCCUUGGGGUGUCAUCCCUUCAGAGGGAAGCCGGUUCCAGAAAAUCCAUAAAUUCCCAUCCAGCACACCUCUGCCCUGGGGCCCUGUGUGUGGAGCCAUGGCGAGCUGCCAUUCCCUGGUUGUUUUGGAUGAGAAGGUACAAGGAGACCCGCUGGACCUGAAAAUGUUCGAGGCCACGCACUGGGAAAUGGAGGAUUGCAGCACAGCUCACGAUGGGGCCAGCAAUCUUGACACCUGCAUAGUUAGACCCGGACCAAAAGCCAGCGCUGCUCCUGUGGAAGGAAUAGCAAUCCUCCAUCAAUUCCCGUUUUCUUCAGGGUUGCAGAGAAUGUCUGUUGUUACCCAGAAGAUUGGAAAGGAGCAGUACGACUUGUACAUGAAGGGAGCCCCGGAAACAGUAACUGGCUUUUGCAGACCAGAAACUGUCCCAGCUAAUUUCCUAAAGGAGCUCAAGAUAUACACGAGCCAAGGCUUCAGAGUCAUUGCCCUGGCUCAUAAGGUGCUAAGCCUCAGAGAGGACGCAGACGUGUCCCUCCUGGAGAGAGAGGUGGUGGAGUCGGAGCUGGUAUUUCUGGGCCUCCUGGUCAUGGAGAACCGCCUGAAGCGGGAGACAGAGCCGGUGCUGCGUGAGCUCGCUGCCGCCCGCAUCCGCAGUGUCAUGGUCACAGGGGACAACCUGCAGACGGCGGUGACGGUGGCCAGGAGCGCGGGGCUCGUCGGCAGCGCCAGCCAGGUGAUCCUCAUGCAGGCUAGUGAGCCGCAGGGCUCUGCUCCAGCUUCCCUUUCGUGGCAGCGGGCGGAGGACAGCGAGGCAACCGCAGCCGGGUCCAGUGAGAUAAGCGUUAAUGUUGAGGAGAAGGUGGUCUUGGAAGGCGAAGCCUGCAACUACCAUUUUGCAAUGGACGGCAAGACCUACCAAACUAUUGCAAAGCAUUUCUACAGCCUGUUGCCAAAAAUAUUGGUGAACGGCACUGUCUUUGCUCGGAUGUCUCCUGCGCAGAAAUCCAGCCUUGUAGAAGAGUUUCAAAAACUGAAUUACUACGUGGGUAUGUGUGGCGAUGGAGCUAAUGACUGUGGGGCUUUGAAAAUGGCCCAUGCAGGAAUAUCACUGUCAGAGCAGGAGGCAUCUGUGGCUUCUCCCUUCACAUCCCAGAUUCCCAAUAUACAAUGUGUGCCAGAGCUGAUCAGGGAAGGUCGAGCUGCUUUGGUUGCUUCCUUCGCUGUAGUUAAAUACCUGACCCUUUAUGGCCUGAUUCAAUUUUUUGGUACUGCUCUGCUGUUUUGGCAACUGCAAAUCUUCGGAAAUUACCAGUAUUUGAUACAAGACGUUGUCAUUACCCUUCUGGUUUGCCUAACAAUGAGUUUGACAGAGGCUCAUCCAAAGCUGGCGCCUUACCGCCCUCCUGGCCAGCUCAUCUCUCCUCCCUUGCUGCUCUCCAUCGUCCUCAACGUGUGCUUUACUGUAGCCAUGCAAACCUGCGGCUUCCUGCUGGUGAAGCGGCAGCCCUGGUACGUGGAGAUGGCCAGCCAGAGACAUUGCUCUCUGGGAAACCAGACCCAGACCUCCAGCAGCGCAGGAGGAAACAGCACCACCAGCAGCACCGACAGCAGCGUCCUCAGCUAUGAAGAUACUACACUGUGGCCACUGUCUACUAUCAACUGCAUCAUUGUGGCCUUUGUCUUUUCCAAGGGAAAGCCCUUUCGCAAGCCCAUCUAUACCAACUAUGUGUUUUCAGUCUUACUGGCCCUCCAGCUCGGAAUCUGCCUCUUCCUUUUCUUUGCCGACAUUGAUGCUGUGUAUAGUGGCAUGCAGUUUCUUUGCACUCCUAUGAUCUGGCGAGUUUAUCUCUUAUUGAUGCUCCUGGUCACCUUUUGUGUAUCUUUUUUUACAGAGGAUGUUAUCCUGCAGAACAAGCACCUCUGGCUGCUGCUCAAAACCUUGUUUGGAUUCCAGUCAAAGAGCAAGUACCGGAAAUGGCAGAGGAAGCUGCAAAAGGAUCCGAACUGGCCUCCUUUAGAUGCAAAAGACUCUGCCACAAAAAAUACAGAUGAGGUUUACAUUAACCCAAUGUAUGAACACAAUGAAGGGGACUAG